UAUCAUUUAAGAGCAUAUGAGUAUCAUCACCAGCUAUUUCCUCUUGGUCAUACCAUCGAAGCACUCUGGGAAUGGUUUAGAAGGUCCAAAUCGCAACCGGAACCUUAUGUUUGGGAGAUCCCAUACAAAAAUCCUUCCUGGGAACCUCAAUUCAUCAUGCAUGCUACAGAUCCGAUGAGUGAAGAAGGAAUGCCAACUCGUCUUAGAGAUCAGCAGGCAUUGGCUUACGAACUUUGCCGAGCUAACUACACAUUUUUGCUGGCAUCACAACUUUUCAACGUCCAUCGAGGUAUCAAAACCGUCACGACUAGUAUGGACUCGGCUGUUGUAGAACAUCAGACAAGGCUGAGGUAUAGGUGAGU